AAAACGGUUUCCUAAAGACCCCUGUGGCAACCAGGACCACAGACCUCCUACCAACGUUCCAGGAGUGCGACACCUGGACAUGCAGACACUAGAGUCAGCUGGGAAAAUGUUUAAACUGAUGACAGUUAUCAUUCGUUAUCCUUCCUCUCAAAUUCUCUGAUUCCCUCCAAGAAAAAACUGUGCCCUCUCCUUACAUGAGACCACGCUCCAGGAACACCCCAGUUCUCAUCUCCUUACCCUGGACGACUUCAAGAGACCCCGGGGUAACCCACUCCACUAGCCGGUGCCCGAAUUCCUUAGCGGCACGUUCCAGACCCUUACCGCUAGUUUCCCUAAGAAUCCUGCCUCGCCCACCCCGAAUUCGCUGUGCUCCUUCGAGCCUAUGUGAUCGCUCCGCGCUCCAAAGGUUCCCGGUGGCUGCUGCCUGCCUCCGCCCUCGCGAUGGAGCGCACAAGCCCUUCGCGGAGCUCCGACACGCACUGGGCACACGGACCUUGCGUGAGACAAAGAAUACAAGAGUCGGGCAAGGUGUCUGUCGGUGGCGCCGCUGGCGGGCACUGCGCUCCGCCAGGCUGCCACCCUGCACCGCCCAUCCUGUCCUGGGCACCCCGGCUCGCCCUCCCUCCUGAACGAGGGGGUCCUCCCAGCUAGGCUCGGAGGGCAGCUCCCGCCGGAGACGGCGUCCGCCUCUCCUCUGGUGCCGGAGAGCGACGAGGGCCACCGGCAGUCGACCCUCCUGCUGCAAGCUGCCGCCGCCGUUUUGAGCCCUGAUAAACCGGACAGCACAGUGGCCUCCCGGGCUCACACACCCCUUUACUCUGCUUCCGCUGGGCCCGAGGUCCCCGGCAAGGACCCCAGAGGGGCUGCCCGCCGAACGCCUGAAGGCCCCCGCUUGGGCUGGCUAGCACGGCGCCUGGUGGCCGCGCCACGCUGCCGGAGGACAGGGAGCGGGAGAGCGGGAUGGCCUCGAUCUUGCGAAGCCCUCAGGCUCUGCAGCUCACCCUGGCCCUGAUCAAGCCUGAUGCGGUCGCUCACCCACUGAUUCUGGAGGCUGUGCACCAGCAGAUCCUGAGCAACAAGCUCCUUAUCGUGCGGAGGAGAGAGCUCGUGUGGCGGAAGGAGGACUGCCGGAGGUUCUACCGAGAGCACGAAGGGCGUUUUUUCUACCAGCGGCUGGUGGAGUUCAUGGCCAGUGGGCCCAUCCGAGCCUACAUCCUCGCCCACAAGGAUGCCAUCCAGCUCUGGAGGACGCUGAUGGGACCCACCAGGGUGUUCCGGGCACGCCACGUGGCCCCAGAUUCAAUUCGUGGGAGUUUCGGCCUCACUGACACCCGCAACACCACCCACGGCUCUGACUCCGUGGCUUCGGCCAGUAGAGAGAUCGCGGCCUUCUUCCCUGACUUCAGCGAGCAGCGCUGGUAUGAGGAGGAGGAGCCCGGGCUGCGCUGCGGCCCCGUGCACUACAGCCCCGAGGGCGGCGUCCACCGCGCAGCCGGCGCGGGGGCCCCGAGGCAGGCCUGUCCGUGUGUGAAGACUGGCGGCACGGCCAAGACUUUCUCCUGAGCCCUCCGGUCCAGAGUGUUCUCCCGAGACCAGGGAGGCCUGGGGCUCCUGGUGCCCUCUCCGCUAGACACUGCCACCUGCCCGAGUGCCUGGCUCCUCGCCGCCGCCACCACGUCCAGAACCUGCCUCUCUGUCUACCUCUCCGUUGGAGCGUUUGUCGGUGGCUCAGAGGAAUAACGCUUCCUCUUUCCUCCAAACACUGUUCAUCCUUUUGUAAGCAGGAGCUUGCCCCCCGACUCUGCAGGGGCUCCCGGUGAGCACCAGGGGGCCCAGGGGGCCGUCUUCCUCAGUGCCAGCCAGCAGUCAAGGCCGGGAGUGCUGCGCUGGUGCCUUCUCUCCAUCCUUAAUGGAGUCACUAGUCAUUAAACCUGCCCUGAAGCCAAGUGUCUCCCUGUGUUCAGUGGAGAGAGAUGGCGUAGAAAUCUCCCGCGAGGCUCACACACACACACAGGGUGCGGCUUGGGCUGUGCGUGAGGCGCCCAGAGACAGAGCUGCGUGCGGGUUCAAAUCCAGGCUGUGCCUCCGGCACGGGCUGCGCCCUGGAGGAAGGGGAGGUUUUGGUUUUGAACAACGGUGUGUCUGCCCAGUAGAGGAGUUUUUUUGUUUUUUUGGGUUCUUUUUAUUACUGAUUUUUAGGGAGAGAGAGAGAGAGAGAGAGAAACAUCGAUUUGUUGUUCCACUUACAUAUUCAUUGGUUGUCUCUUGUAUGUGCCCUGACCGGGGAGCGAACCCACAACCUUGGCCCAUCAGGACCGUGCUCUAACCAACUGAGCUGUGCGGCCAGGGUUUUUAUGAGGCAUGUUUUUAUGAUUCCCUUUUUUUUGGUGAUUGGCACAAAGCCACUAAAGGUAGUCACAUUUUUGUUGUAGCUGAGGGUGACAGUUAUCAAUUACUUCAUGAAGAAGCACCUCAAAAUUUAGUGGCUUAAAACGGAAAUGCGUUCUUCUUACGUGUCUGUCUGUUGGCUGGGUGGUUCCACUAGUGUCACCUGGACUGGCUCGUGUGGCUGCACUCAGCAGGUGGGCCCAGCGUGCUCUUUCAUUUUGAGCUGCUUCAUAGCACGGUUGUUUCAGGGUUCCAAGAUGGCAGGCCCCCUCUUCACAAGCUUAGGAAGCUUCUGUUUGUGUCGUGUUUGCUAACAUCCCAUUGGCCAAAGCAAGUCACGUGGCCAAACACAGAGUCCAUUUGGGAAGGACCUGUAUGAAAACAUGGAUACUAGGUGUUAUGCAUUCUUGGGGGCCAUUACCAUGGCAAUCUGCAACACUGGAGAUAGUGAAGAGCCUUGAAUUUAUAUAGAAUUUAUGAAAACAAAUAUUUGCACAAGCCAACAAAGGAGAUGAAACAAUAGCAAUAGAGUAAGAAGGCCCAAGUUCAAAUUCUGGGUUCAGUGUACAGGUGGCGAGGUCCUGGGCCAGGUCCAAUGUCCAAGUUUGCUGUCACGUACAAAGUUGCAGGUCAAAUCCUUGUCUAAAUUUCAGGCUUAAUGUGUGGGAGUAGGUCAGAGUUCAGGAUUAAGUUGAUGCCACAUC